GCCAGCGACGCAAGCAGAGCAGUGCCUCCGCUUCAUGCACAUCCCCAAGACGGGAGGAACCAGCAUCGACUCGGCCAACAUGCACCUUCCAGCGGGGCAGCGGGCGUUCGACUCCCUGAUGCUGGAAACCUUCAUGCGCGUUCAAGCGCACAUGGGCGGCGUAGAGGACCUUGGGCAGCUGUACGACGAUGUGCAUCACGGGUUUCUUUCGUAUGGCAUCUUCAUGGCCGAGCACAUGUCGGAUUACCGCUGGCUGCCAGAAGAUGCAGACGAUAAGUGCGAGGAUUUGCACACACCGCCCUCCCGCAGUUCGGACAUUGCGCUGUACUACCAGGAGCCUGGCUGCACGAAUUUCUGCGUUGUGCGGGAGCCCUUAGCGCGGUUCUUCAGCGCCUUCAAGAUGACGAGCCAGGAGUGCGAUCCGCUUUCAAUCGAAACCAAGACAUUGGAGCUCCUCUCGCAGCUGAACUCUCGUCCGUACCUGAACGAUUGCUUCUUCAUGCCCCAGGUCUUGUCGGUCUACGGCGUGUUCAACAAGUCCAGCGCCACCCACCAGUACUGCCAACGAAUCCUUCACACUGAGAACCUCGACCAGGAGUUUGACGAUCUCAUGAAAGAGUUUGGCCACGAGCUGCAGCUGCCUGCAGACGACUUGAUGUCAACAUGGACGGACCACUGCAACAUGACAGUGGAUGAGCUGACCCCGACCACGAAAGCCGCCGUCUAUGAGAAGUACAAAGCGGACUACGAGGCAUUUGGCUAUCCCAAACCAAGCUUCUGA